CAACAUGUCUGGUUUUCGUCAGCGUCAUCUCACAUCCUGUGUGAGGAAGCCCAGUACUGCGCUGCGCUGUUGUUUAGUCGAUGAGCUACCUGGACCUAUGAUAUCUCUUUUUCUAAAGGCUGACAUUACAGAAUAAAUUCAACAAAAUGCUACAGAGGAAACAAUCAAAUGUUUCAGACAAAUCAAAGAACAAACCAAAGCGAUCAACCAGCUUUGGGAGAUUUGAUGCCUUCAGAAAUCAUCCAUCACCAAGCAAGCCAGAGGAAAAUGGCGGGGCUCUGCCUGUUGAAGGGGAGUCUGAAAUUGAGAGCUGUGAUCAGAGCAAACAUGGCAGCAUUGGAAAGAAAAUGAAGGCCAUCUCCUUGACUAUGCGCAAGAAGAUGGGCAGGAAGUAUGUGAAGGCUUUCUCAGAGGAAAUGGCUGAUGAUGUGGACCACGGAGGAGAGGAGGAGGGGGAGGCCGAAGGUAGCCGUCCCCUGGGAAAAGGUUCCAGGAGGACUAGCAACUCCCUGGAAAGCCUUAACAGUGGACAGAGCUCCUCCAGCGGUGUCACCAAUGGGUCUGAUAGCUCCACCAACAGAGACAGCCUGAGACUGGAGGAGGAUGUCCCGUACACCGGACAUUUCUGCGGGAGAGCCAGAGUCCACACUGACUUUGUCCCAAGCCCGUACGACGCAGAUUCCCUCAAACUAAAGGUUGGGGACGUAAUUGACAUCAUCAGCAAGCCGCCCAUGGGUAUAUGGACCGGCAUGCUCAACAACAAAGUUGGAAAUUUCAAAUUCAUCUACGUUGACAUCAUUGUCCAGGAAGAGGCCGAACCUGAAAGGGUUCAGGUUCUGCCACAGAGGCAGAGCAAGCACCUCCAAUCCGGGACUCUCCAGGAGCUGCUGGAAGGCCUUCAUUUACAGGAGUACACCUCAUCGCUGCUUCUCAAUGGCUAUCAGACAGUGGAGGACCUAAGGGAUUUGAAGGAGAAACAUCUCAUUGAGUUGAAUAUGAUGGAUCCAGACCAUAGGCAUCGGCUGCUGGCCGCUGCAGAGGGCGGCAUCGACGCAGAGACACAAGGUGAAAAUGAGACGGACGGCAGCCCCGGACCAGAGUCUCAGUCAGCCAGUCCGAAGUUGGAUGAUGACUGCACAAGAGACUCAGGCUGCUACAUAACGUCCGAGCCCACAGACAAUGGGAGGGAAGACGCAGGAAGCCACCCAUCGACCCUGAGUUAGGCCGAGGCCCAACUGCAACUGUCAGUGUCACACUUCUUCUCCUACUUCAUUCUGUCACAUCACCUAAUGUGCAAUUACAUUACAUAGUGUCCCCCACUGUGUAAUUCUGGCCCCAAGUGGUUCCACCAUAGAGCAUUAACACUGGAGCUGGAGAGGGUAGAAGGGCCAGGCGAUGAAGCCUAGGAAGUAAUGGGAAACUAGCCUCUACUGCGCAAAACAGCUUGCCGCCCAUUGAAUUCAAUUGAAAUAGAGUGUAGAAAACCAAGGUGAUUUAACAACCAAAGAAACCUCAUGUCAGUUCUUCAUGAUCAUAAAAUUCAUUUUGUGUGCAAUUUGUUUGGGGAAGUUUGGGGAAAAUAUUGAAAUUUAUUUACUGUACAUUUUCCAAAAAUAUUAAACAUAUUUUUUUAUAAUCUGCUUUUCAUAUGUAACGAUUGUUACUUGAGUUUCAAAAUACCAUUGGAGAAGUUUUAUUUUGCCUUCAAAAGCUUGGUAUUCCCCAUCCACUUUAAUGAGGAGCUCCAUGCUUUGCGCUCAACAUGCACAGUGCAGGUUUACUUCCAGGGCUUCACAGCUUAGGUAGGGUGAGGUCAUGCUUUCCUGUCUAGUAAAAUAUGCAUGUCUAUGGGUUCCAUGGACCUCUAUAUUUAUACUGUAUCUAAAGUAUUUUUUUAUUUUUUUGUUUCAUUCUGUUCCUUAUACCACAUGACCAGAUUCCCUGACUUGACAACAUGUCAAGUGACUCCUUGUCAGACUGGGUUACAAGAGUGCAUCUGAGGCCAGGGGAAACAGCUAGGACUAUUUUGGCACAGUAGCGGUCGUUAUGGGACAUUAGCGUCCAUGCUGUAGUGUCUAUGUUUGUGUGUGCACUUGCUUUUAUGCUAGACAGUGUUAAGCUAUUUCCAACAGCCUUGAGAUCUUUUACUGAAAAAAAAGAAUACACUGUAAAAUGAGUGCACUGGGCCAUUGGCAAAUACUGUAUAUACAAUAACUUGUUUUGUAUUUCAAGAUACUAUGUGACUGUAGAAUACACACAUGCAUUACUAAAGUAAUAAAAAGGUUACUGUGA